GUCCGCCCCGCCGCGCGCACGGCGCGGGCCCUGCAGCGGUCAGGCCGCUGCGGGUGGGCCGCGGGGGGUGGUGGGGGGGGGGGGCGGGGAGGAGAGAGAAAGAGGAAGAGGAGGAGGCGGAGGAGGAGGAGGAAGAGCUGCGCCUCAACAGGCCGCAGGCUCGGCCUCGGGCUCCAGUCUCCGUCCACCGCUUCGGCCGCGGGCUCCUGCCCGUCGCCGCCCCCGCCGGCGACGCCGCUGGCGCGGCCGCGGCGGCGGCGACCAACACCCGCGCAGCUGGCGCCGCAGGCGCCCCGCGCCAGCUCCUGCCAGUGCGCGUCACCUGGGCGCCCUCGGCGGGGUCGGCCACGGCGGGCGCGGCGGGCGGCGCCCCCUCGGCGGCGGCGGCGGCUGGGGCCGCGGGGCGGGCGGGGCUCUCGGGGAGGGCUGCCUCCGCGCGGCUGGCGCCCUCUUGUCCUUGCGCCUUUGCGACCUGUUCUUCUUCUUGGACCUCACCUUGCAGCCCACCUUUCCGAGGCUAUGGGCGCCGUUGCUCUUGACCUUGCGCCGCGCCAUGGCUGGUGCGGGGCAGGGUCCCCCGAAGAGCCUGCU